AUGAAAGCAUUGAAAACAAUACGUAAAUAAACAACGAGUGAGUCGUCCAUAGAGUGAACCAUCGGAUGCCCGAAACCGCCGAAGAAUGUCUUCGCUCUAUAAUUCCAGUUACUAUCAGUCGCUCCCGACUACCGGCGCCAUCGCUGUCACCAAUGAGAAGGGAGAGAAGACUAUGCAGAAGGUUAAGGUCCAGAGAUAUAUCACUGGCCGCAGACCUCGUUUUGCCACAAAUGAAGACCAGUCGUCAUCGGAGUCCGAGUCAAGCGAAGAGAGUGACAACGAGUUGACCACUAAUUGGAGGAAUAGUUCGCAACAAAGAGGACAGCAAUUGAACGCUCAAUACGUGGGCUCUCAUGUCGUGAAGACUGAGGACAUCGAUGUCGACGAAGAC